AUGGUAGCCGAGUUGAAAUCUAUCACAAGAAACAAGACGUUGGAGCUUGUGGAUAGACUGACUGGUGAUAAACAUAUAGGUGUAAAGUGGAUCUACAAGAUAAAGAGAAAGGCGGAUGGUAUGAUGAACAAGUAUAAGGCGAGACUUGUGAAAAAAGGCUAUGUACAAAGACAACGAAUAGAUUUCGAUGAAGUGUUUGCACCAGUAGCACGUCUCGAAACUAUUUGGCUCUUAAUAGCCCUUGCAGAAACAAACUGUUGGGAGAUACAUCACUUGGACAUGAAGACCGCUUUCUUGAAUGGUGAUCUAAAAGAGUUAAUGUAUGUGACACAACCUGAAGGUUUUGAAAAGAAAAGAGAAAAGAUCGAGUUUAUGUGUUACCCAAAGCUUUGUAUGGAUUACACCAAGAACUUGGAAUGUGAAACUCGAUCAGGAAACAACAAACCGGACAAACGCCUCCCACCGAGGCUGUUCGCGACAGACCGGUCCCCUACCGGUCGGCUCAACAUCUACUCCAAGCCAGACAUUCUACCUUUCAUACAACAUGUCUUAAUGAACACAAAGGAGCUUCAGUACAUCAAAAACUCUUGUUUCGGGAAGUUGUUUGAGCUCCCAGCACGUCAAUGUCAUGUCUCGUGUAAACUAAUUCACGCCUUUCUCACCAGACAACUACUUUGCGAGGAUAAUAACACACUCUGGACAGUCUUCCGUAGCGAUCCCAUCCGGUUUGGGCUUCAAGAGUUUGGCACAAUCACAGGGUUACCAUGUGGAGAGUUCCCUACAGACUAUGACACCGAAUUAGAAGUCCAGAGCAACAACAUCAGUGAUCCUGACUGGGUCAAGCUGUUUGGGAAGGAAAAAAUUGUUACCAUUGCUGAUCUGCGUCACAAGCUCGAGACCGACGCACGAAUGCUAGGGUGGAAGAAGCUGCAACUGGCUCUAAUAUUAAUUGUUGACAGUGUUCUAAUUGCUCAUCAACAGAAGACACGCCCUACUUUGAAGUAUGUCAAAAUGGUCCAGAGUGUCGAUGCUUUCUUCCAACACCCUUGGGGCAGGGAGUCUUUUCUGAAGACCAUUACUUGCAUGAAACCUCCCCAGGAAUGCAAAGACCCAAUCGGAGAGCUUGUCUGUCUAUUGAGGCAGGAUUCUUUCAGACUCAAGGGAUUCCCCCUAGCAUUACAACUUCUUGCAUUUCAAGCUGUCCCACAGCUUCAGACCAUAAUCCAUGCGCCUGUGGACACUUUAUCAAUCAGUCAACUUGAAGAACCUCAUCUUCCUCUUCACUCGAACAUUAACUACGUUGACAUACUCCGCGUGGAAGCUGAGCAGAAUCUUGCAGUAACAUCACUGAUACAAAUACAAAGCCAAACACAACCGGGAUGGGGAGUUUGGACUGACUUUGUUGCUGAUGAGCGGAUAACUUACAUGGAGAACCUCAUAGCGAACCACUACCCCUUCAAGAAGCAUCUUUGGCCUGGAGGAGACAGGUCUGGGCUCAUUCUAAUUUAUGUACCUCAUGAGGAGCAACCAGCACCGAAUAGGAAUGCUCUCAAGCCCAGGAAAACCCUAAAGAAACCAUCAUCGUCCCGUAAGCAGAAGAGGAUCAACAACUACUUCCCCAGAACUGGUUCAACCAGAAACUCAAACGAUCAGGUUUUUCAAAUGUUGACUAAAGUUUCUACCCAGGUUUCCAAACUCCGAAAAGAGAACAAGGUGCUGCGCCAGCUAAUCAAACGCAGAAAGUCUCGUACCCACAGCAAGCGAUCUGCUUUCCACUCUGUCAUUUGUUGUUCUAAGAAAGCUCAUCUAUAA